GCUACUAUAGUGUGUUCAAGGAAACUUUAAAAAAGAAAGAAACAACGUGCACUUCAAUCAAAGAUAUUUUAGUCAAGCUAGACAAUAGCCCAUUUAGAGCUCUAUCAAAGGUCAAGAUCACUUGAAGGUGAAGAUGUCAAAUGAUGAAGUUGUAAAAAUUCUCUUAUUGGGACCUCCCAAGAGUGGCAAGAGCACCAUAGCGAACUUUCUUGGGAUGGAACGCGAUAAUCCGAGCAACCGAUACUACGAAACGAAACCAUUGCGUAUUAUUGAGACAUAUCUCGACGUUGAAUCGAUCAAGUUGGACAACCGCCGCGUGGUCUUUGCGGGGAGCGAUUCUAAAACAAAGCGAGUACGCGUCCAAUUAUGGGAUCUAGGCGGGAGCCCCAAGAAUCAGCCCUGCUGGCCUGCCGUGGCGGACAAGGCGGAUGGUAUUAUCUUUGUGUUUAAUCCGGAAAUAAAAAAUAGUUCGAAGGAACUCUCCCUGUGGUACAAGAAUUUUGCUCUUAACUUGAACGAAAUCGAUGAACUUGGAAAGAGCGUGCACCGUGUGCGGGACGAACACUGUCUUAUUUUUGCUCACCACUCUACCAAUCCUCAGCGCGAUGUAGGGGAGAGUGUGAUCCCCCACAUGCCGCAGGGAAUGGAGGGAAUCAAGACAUUGGAAACGUCGCUGGAUUAUCAUAGCGAGAACUUCAAGUAUGCCUUUGACAAGUUGCUGGAAAGCAUUGUGGUUGCCCGAAUGGGAGCCGAGGAGGAUGAGUUACUGCGGCAAGAGAGAGAGUCUUCUGAUCAACCGCAUUUUGUUUAUUAACGCAUAAACAAGUGAUAUAAUGACAAAUGCAAAAUGCAAAAUGCGUACGUCACACUAAUGUUGCGAUUAUGAUGAUGCUGAUCUUUGUUUGCUUUCUUGGAAUUCUUGAAAGACAACAAGUUCUACCCGUUGUGGGUUAUAUGUACAAAAAACAAGAAAAGGUGAGUAGAAAGCCUUUCACCAAGGAGCUUUUUUCUUUUAUUGUCACAU